GUGAGGGCGACGUGCGGCUCCGCCCGGCCCAAUCCCCCCCACCCCCCUGUGACGGGGGCACCACGUACGGGGCGGCGGACAAAUGACCAUGGAAAUGGUUGAAUCGCAACAGGAUGGGAAUGCAGUGGAUUCUAUGCCAGAGAGAGAUGUUCAGAAUCAGCCAGGCCAAAGUCAGAUUUCCCCCAUAUCUCAGGUUUCUGUAGCUGCAUCAAGUGCUGGAAGAGGAUCUCCAGCUGUAACUCUAGUGCAGUUGCCUUCUGGUCAAACUGUUCAUGUCCAGGGUGUCAUUCAAGCCACACAGCCCUCAGUCAUUCAGUCACCACAAAUACAAGCUGUUCAGGUAGCACCGAUUGCAAAUGCAGAUGAGUCUGCAGAAUCAGAAGGGAUAAUUGAUUCUCAGAAACGUAGGGAAAUACUUUCAAGAAGGCCUUCGUACCGAAAAAUUUUGAAUGAGCUCUCUUCAGAUGCUCCUGCAGUCCCGAAAAUCGAAGAAGAAAAGUCAGAAGAAGAAGGAGCGCCUUCUGGAAUUCCUGCAAUGGCUGUGCCAACCAGCCUGUAUCAGACUAGCACAGGGCAAUACAUUGCCAUAGCUCAAGGUGGUGCGAUCCAGAUUUCUAAUCCAUCCUCCGAUGGUGUCCAGGGACUGCAGACGUUAACAAUGACAAAUUCGGGAGCUCCUCAGCCGGGUGCUACUAUUGUGCAAUAUGCAGCACAGUCAGCUGAUGGCACACAACAGUUUUUUGUUCCUGGAAGCCAAGUUGUUGUUCAAGCUGCCACUGGAGACAUGCCAGCUUACCAGAUUCGAACUCCCACCACUGCCUUACCUCAGGGAGUGGUAAUGGCAGCCUCACCAGGGACUUUGCACAGCCCUCAGCAACUAGCAGAAGAGGCAACACGCAAGAGAGAACUGAGACUUAUGAAAAAUAGGUAGACAUUGCUUCUUACUCCAAGGAAUUUGGAACUAAGUGGAAAGAAACUUGGGCACAUGGUGGAUGGCUGUCCAGUACAAACGUUCCUUAUUUCAUCCUCUCUGUAGUAUCUGAUACUAACUAUAGCUAGAAAUUUGACAGAUGGCAUCCUUGUCUGUUCCAUAUCUGUGCAGUCUACAGUCAUUUCUUUGCUAAUGCUUAUUCAAGAUUUGAUUAAUGUCUGUCUUUUAUUUAAAUAAUUAAUUCAGGGGUGGGAAUGAAAAGAACCUAGCAUAGGGAAGCUUAAAUCCAAAUGUUUUAAGUGUAUGUUUCUGGAAAACUAUUUCAUACAUUUACUGCAGCAAAAGAAAAGUAUCCUGCUUCACAAAAGUACACUGCACAAAACCUGGCUUAUUUAGACUUAAGGCUUGGAAAAAGGAAUAUUUAUGACCUAUUCUUCUCCUAUUCUCAAUAAUGUGGCUUGAUAUAGAGUUAAUGUUGACAUAACUAGUAAAACACAUUUGUGAAUUUUAAAUUGAGGAAUGAGUUGAAAUAAGGACAAGGUGCGUGGGUAGUAAAUUAGAACCAAGAUGCAUCCUGGUGCAAUAGUUAUUUCUAAGAAAAUAACUUUGUUGAAGGUGAGCAAAGCGCAGUCUGCAUAAAUGCAAAGAGUCUCUUGUCAGAUUGAUACUGGAAAAGUAGAUUACUUAUAAUAGUAAACCCAAUUCUGAAUUGAUUUGGGAGAUGUACAUUGAAAACUUUGUGAGAGCUACCCUGAGAUUAAAUGAAGAUUAGAAGGAGAUCUCAAUGGAGUUUGCUAAGGAAAUAACACCAAAAUAGUUGUGUGUAAUAGGACUGCUUGGAGCCUGGGUCUUUGCUCAAGCAGCACGUCAGAGGAUUAAAGUGAUAGACGGGAUAUGCUAAGAUAUAUGAAUUAAUUUUAGGUUGUAAAAGAAACCUAAUAAAUCACAUUAAGUUUUUCUUCAAUUUAAUUUUUCUCUUUAAACUUGCAGUGUAGUUAUUAAGCCUUCUCAAGUUUUAGGUCAUAGCUUGAGAUUCUUUUAUAGGCCACUGUAGUUACAUAUAAGAUACUUCUGAAUGUAUGGCAGCAUUGGAAUCUAUUGUAGAUGUGUGCUGUGACUGAGAACAGAAUUUUUGUUUUAGAUUCCUGUCCACCAAGCUUGCAUUUGUGCCUGUAUUUGUGCUUGUGCUUUCUUGUGCUUCUCCUCAAGAGCUUAAAAAGUGAAAAUGUCUGGAACUAUAUUUGUUGUUACUUCUUACGCAAUAAAACUGAGAUCGAUUAGGUCUGAA